AUGUCCUGCACCAUGUUCCCGUGGCUCCUCGUGGCACUGAGCGUCUGCGCCCGGCCCGGCACAGGUCUCCCACCACGCCACAUGGACUCCGUGGUUCAGAUCGUGGCAAUCCUCGAGUCAACCGACGACGGCUUCACCGGCACCGUGCCGGAGCUGGCGCGGGCGCUGGGCGGCUGCGGCACCCCGGGGUGCCGCGCGGUGCUGGGAGAGCCACCCGAUGUCCCACCAGCCCCACCAACGCUCAACGGCGAGCAGUGGCUGCUCUUCACCCAACUCCUCCACCACGACGCCGCGGCACCCGAGCGCGGCGCGGUGCUGGCGCCCGAUGGCUCCACCGUCGCCCUUGGCCCCCUCCUCGCCGGCAUCGAGGUCGGCCUCAAGCGGGCGGCGGGGUGGCCCGACCCCGCCAUCGAGCCACCCAUCGACGCGCUCUAUGCCGUCACCAUCGCUGAGGUUUUGGGGACAUCCUUCCUCUUGGCUCGUGACGGCAACCGAACCACGCUGGGACCCGGCGGCUGUUGGGAUGACGUGGUUGACCCCCAAAACUACACUCUGCUGGGACCCCCCUCACCCAUCCCUGAUGCCGUUGCCAACGGGGCGAUGGAUGGGGUGCUGUUGGGUGCCCAACUGGCCCGAGCACCCAUCCCGCUCGCCGACCUUCUCUGGGGCUACUAUGGGACGGGCAAUGGCACGGAGAAGGGGCGACCACCCAGCAGUUACCGAUGGCGAGAUUUCGGGGUGCUGACGGGGCCGGGGAAGCUGGAGGAGGAGGUGGCGGCGAUGCUGAGGGUGCUGCGGGUGCUGCCACCCACCCGGGAGCUCUUGGAGGACGUGGGGCCGGAGGAGGUGGUGGCCAUCGCUCGCCAAGCGGCGCAGGACUUCACGGAGGCCUACGUGGAGUGCCCGGCCAUCGUGCCCCGGUGCAUGUGGGGUGCCCGUCCCUACCGGGGCACCCCCAAACCCUUGACCCUGCCCUUGGACUCUGUCUACAUCCACCACACCUUCACACCCAGCGCCCCGUGCCGCACCUUCACCGCCUGCGCCCGCGCCAUGCGCUCCAUGCAACGCUUCCACCAGGACACCCGCGGGUGGGAUGACAUCGGCUACAGCUUCGUGGUGGGGUCGGAUGGGUACCUGUACCAAGGCCGAGGUUGGCACUGGGUUGGUGCCCACACCAAAGGCUACAACAGCAAAGGCUACGGCGUGGGCUACGUCGGAGACUUCUCGGCCACCUUGCCGGACCCCGAUGCCAUCGCCCUGGUGCGGGACAGGCUCCUGCCCUGCGCCGUGCGGACCGGCCGGCUUCACCGCAACUACACCCUACGUGGUCACCGCCAGAUGGGUCACACCGACUGCCCCGGCAACUCCCUCUUCCGUGAGAUCGAGACCUGGCACGGCUUCAAGGUGAGCGCCGAGCUCCGUGGCAUCUCCAGGGGUUGGUGGUUCGGUGGCCGGCUGGGGUGGCCGGUCUGGUUUGGCACGGCGAGGAGGACGGGGGUUUGGCGGAGGUGGAUGUAG